AUGCAGACUGCACGGAUCGGAUCAUCUAUCCACUAUCUUCAUUUGUCUGAAUUAUGGAACGGACACAUUCGCUCACUAUUUGAGAGUUAUGCAUUCGAUAAAUUUCUAUAUGAAGCACCAUACACAGAUUUUUUGCUUACAUUAACGUUAGUACCCUAG